AUGGUUUUUCAGGUUUUUGACUUCGACGUUUUACAAUGUCCAUUAUGUUCUCGACAGCUUGUUCCGAUGGAGUUAGACAUGAUAAAGGUCGACGGCGAAAAGUAUCAACGUAUUUGGUGGACAUGUAGUGGGCUGAAAACUCAGUCUUGCGAAUUUCCUACAUUUCUGCCUGAAAACGUUUUUUGGACAGAGAGAUCUAUGAAGCAACUGCAGAACGGCUUUUUUCCGCUUCCCAAUUUCCACCUUUUGCCUGCGGAGUAUUGGCAUUUGUAUCCAAAGCUAUUUGAUCCUCAGAAUGGUUUCAUAAGAAAGGCUUUUGGUAGUCGUAAAAAGCAAAAACUAGUGAACUGCUUAUCAUUUGAUGAUAAGGCUAUUAGUAAAUCGUCUCAGGGGAAUUCACAAGCCAGAAAAAUUGCAGGACUCAAUCAAACUUUGCCUGUUUCAUCGUCUGGAAAUCACACACAGACCAAAUUGGAUGGGGUGCGUAAUGUUUUUGGAUCAGAGAAAAAAGGAGCUAGCGGAGACAUAAUAUCUAAUGAAAUUGAUAAGGAUAUAUGUGUUGUGGAAGAAUCUGGCUCUUUGUCCGAUGGUCCGUCGACUUCACAAGAUGCUGCCCCCAGUGUUCCAAGGGAAGAAACCAUUACUGUAGUGGACGUAACGAGUGGUCUAGAUGGUAACGAAACUAACCUUGAUUCUAUAAAAUCUACUAGUUUUCAAAAUUUCGAUGGCAGAGAUGUUUCGGACGUUCAUAAGAGUAUUGCUACCGUAAGCUGUUCAGAAACAAUUUUAAUGGAGGGUUUAGCCAGGGAGAGGGAGUCGUUGGAAGAACGAAUUAAAGUAAAUUCACCGAAAGAAGCUGGAGGCGAGGUUGACAACGAUGAUGAGGUUGAAGCCAAUCAAAUGUCGAGUGCCAUGAAUCGCAUAACUCGAAAGCAUCAAACUUUAUUACUGAAGCGUAAGACAGAGAUCGAAGAAAGAAAAAGUGUUCUUGAGAAACAGAUCAAAAAACGGUGUCCAGCCGUGGACCCGUCUGUGGUGCCGUUUGAGGACCUUUCCCGACCUACGAGCAAGUCAGUCAAAAAAUAUCGCGUACCUGAUGAAGGGAGUGCUGCCGAAAGUGUAGUUGAAGAAAAAGAACUUCUAAAUGAAUGCGGAAACUGUUUCGAUUUCUUACAAAACUUGAAAGAAGAAUCGCCAGAUGAAGGGAUUUCUCGCCGUGGACUCAAACUAGAGGGCACGCCAACUCCUUUUUCUCCAGAACAUUUCCCAUCUUCUAUCAUUGAUUCUUGCAAUUGGUACCGACAGCAGAUGGCCUGGUAUAAUUUGCGCUACAAUAGAAAGCAGUAUCUAGAAGUAUUAGCUGCAGAACUAUGCAAAAGAGGAAUUAUGAAGUAUGUUCCAUCAAUCCCUAUAAAACAGCAGCGUAUGGUGAAACAACUGCGAGAAGAAGUUUAUGGUAAGAAACGCAUGGACAUCGAAGUGUUGAAAAAGAAUUUUGAUUCCAGUACUCUGCGACUCCAAAUGGCUUACCGACUUGGAGUGCCGAAUAUUCGGCCGUUGAUUGAGAAACCUAGUGACUUUGACAAUUCGGAUGCUGUAGAAGAUGAAAUGCGGCCAUUGAAUUCUGUCCCCAUUGUUGCUGCUCCUGUUUGUAAUAUCAGCGACCGUUCUUACAUACCAGGUGAACAACUCCAACUUGGAAUGUCGGCUGCGUACGAUAAUGUUGGUGCUUCAAGCUUGGACAUACCAAAAACGUCUGUCGGAAUGGUGCCGGAUUAUUUUAAAAGUGACAGUUGUCAAGUUGAAGAGUUUUUGCAGUCGAAAGAAAUGAAACGAGUGCAGCAGAACUUUGGCCGUAAUGAAAGUGGAGGCGAAAGCAGUACGGUCAAAAGAAGUUCUGCUGAUGCUCAGGUGAUAUUUGAGGCACAUUCUACAAAACAACGUCGUAUUUCUGAAUUGCAUCAGUUGCAGAUGAGCCAGGGGAGAGAUGACGAAUUUCGCAGUAAUUUUGCAGAACUACUGGAAGAUUAUUACGAUGAAGAUGAAGAAUUUUGUGCUCAAAUUUACGGGUCUUAA